AUGAAGCUCUCUCUCAUUGCGCUUAUCAAUUGUUUGUUUAUUUUCGUAGAGGUUAAGUGCCAAUGCACUUCCAGUAGCUGCGGACCAAUCCCGUGGGUUUGUUGCGGGAAUGAAGAAUGUCGACUAAGAAGUUGCUUUGGUAGUUUCUGUCGCCAAGAUACUGACUGUUCUAAUCAAAGAGACAGAUUGAUUUGUUGCGGAAAUAGAUGCAUGUUCGGAAGCAACUGCGCGGGAAGAAGUUGUUCCUUGGACUCGGACUGUUCUGUUAAUCAAGUAUGUUGUCAUUCGAAAUGUGUUCUAGAAAACCGCUGCAUCGGUGAAAGAUGUGUGCUUAACUCCCACUGUCGCGCUAAUCAAGCAUGUUGCAACUCAGUGUGUGUUUCCGGGAAAAGCUGCACCGGACGAAGCUGUUCGAUGGACUCGGAUUGUUCUGCUAACCAAGUUUGCUGCCAUUCAAAAUGUGUUCAAGGAAGCAGUUGUUUAGGUCAAAGAUGUACGUUUGACUCCGAUUGUUCCGCUAAUCAAGCAUGUUGUAAUUCAAAAUGCAUCACAGGGAAAAACUGUCUCCGACAAAGUUGUGAUUUUAACUCCGACUGUUCCAGUGGACAAUCAUGUUGUAGUGCCAACUGCACUAAUGGUUUAACUUGCAUCGGUAAAUCCUGCAUCAGCGACAAAAACUGUCAAGCAACAGAGAUUUGCUGUCGAGGAACCUGUUCACUUGUUGGCUGUAAAGACUCUGGACUUGUUGGAUACAUUGUUGGGCCGAUAGCUGCACUUCUAGUCAUUUUUCUCAUCAUAGCGAUAUUCCUUCUCUAUCGACAACGAUAUGCGAGAAGAAGACAACUCAUGUCUAGCGAUCAGACAUCAAAUAUCACUGCACCCAAACUGAACAACACAGAAGUCACCAGUAGCAUCAGUGGGCAGGAUAAUCCACUCUACCAAUUGCAGGGACCACCAUCAGAUCAACAAACUGAACACCUGAACACAGAAAGAAUACAGCUUCCCCAGUAUACAUAGCUGAAUUAUGCUACUCUGCAGAACUCGUUGGCUGCUGGUUUCAAGUGAAUCAACUAAUGAAACCGGUCUUAAGGGCACAAUUAAAGUAAAUAGAACAACUUGCAGACUGCAGAUAUUUUUGUUACUUUUUUCUAGUUGCACUUAAUAACUUUAACAUGCUACCAGGACAGGUGCUACUAAAUGUAAAUUCACACAAAAGGAUGAACACACAUAUUUAUCUGUGGAAUGUUUUUAGGCAGUAGAUCAGCUAUUUCUCCUUCGCAAAACGUGUGAAAUUUUCUGCUGUUUUCUCCAGCUAUACCUAGACUGUUCGCAGUCCCCUAUUUUUUCGUGAGAUCAUUUUGAUUUACCGCGUCUUACCGUCACGGCUAUCUUGAUUUUCAAAUGUACCAAGGGGGCGGGCGUCGGGGAAUAUAGCUCUGGUGGGCGGGGGUGGGGGCGAGAAAAAUAUUUUUCUCGCUUUCUCCCAAACCGCCCCCGCCCCCUAAGCAGUUUUGACACUCAUGCAACAUGGCAGCCCGUAACGCAAAGCGCUCGAUCUCGAUGAUCUUGCGGAAAAAUAGAGGACUGUGAACAGUCUAAGCUAUACCAAAAUAGCUGAGCUAAUUAGUCUCUACUGAUUCUCGGUUGCCGUACCUAUUUCUACUAUUUCUGUCGACAUCCUGCACUGUUGACGUCAAUUUACUGGAUAUCGUAAACUUCUUCCAAAUAUGGCCAACGCUAGCUGGUUAUGAAGAAUUAGCCGGGGGAUUUGAGUCAGUCAAAAACGGAGAAAUGUUUUGAAUUAACAAUAAUUCUCAUUAUUAUUGGUGAUUACCGUAGCAGAACUUUUACUCCACGGAUGAAUGUGUGUGUUCAUCCUGUUGUGUGCACAAGCGUUGAUCGUUGCCACACAUUUGAUACGAUGAUUCAUACGCUACUGAUCAAUUGAGACAGCAUAUCAUACAGAAACAGAAGGCAGUCAUUGUAACUAGGAUAACAAGACUCUACGCAUACUAUAUGCCUUGGAAAACAAUUACUAACAAAAAAUGUCAGAUUUUCGUUUCACUUUUUAACAGAAAAGAAACAAGCUGAGAAACUUACACAUUAAACAACUACAAAAAAAAGGAGCAACAAAAGGAUGCUUUUUUGAACGAGGACACGUUUUUUCGAACACAUAUGUACACUCGAUACUCAGUAAAAAAAUAAAAUUGUAACAAAGCCGCAACAUUCAUUUAUCUUUUCCUCGAGCUUUUUCCAUUUUCCAUCGGUCACUUUCCUCCUGAUAUUAAGUUCUAAAAAUUUGGCAUAAUUUGCGAUAUUUCCUGUGUCAUGAGGGCAAAUGAGACAAGAAAAACUUCCGUAAUAAUAUUUAACAGAGAAAGGCGUCAUGAAAGAACGCAAAGACAUAGCUCCUUUCAUGAAGAACGUUGUUGCGCUCUUCGCCAAUUUGUUUAUUUUAGUCAGUGCUGACAGCCGAUGCGCCGACAACUCCCUUACUCAUAGCACACAGUACAAAUGCACAGAGAACUAUGUUUGCUGCGCAGACCGUGAGACGGCGAGCGUCACCCUAAAACUUGCUUCAAAAUUUCUGCCGCCAAGAUAA